UCCAGGCUCGGCCUUUGCCGAGGUGCCCAAAAUGGGAGGACGGCCUUUGGUUAAACUUUGCAUCAUCUUCGACUUGAAAUUUAGUGGACGAAACUUGACUCUGACGCAUACGUAUAUGUCGUGAAAUAGAAUCUGGAUGAAUGCUGCCUAAUUGUUACUGACUUGUCUCAUUUUCCAGAGAAACGACCCAUUGCUCGAUUGGGUCCUUGCUUUGGAUGCCCGACUACUGAUUCACUAUUGUUGCAUUAUUCUGUCCAUGCGCCACUCGGCUAUUGAGUGUGGUCCCUCGGAAUGUUCCUUCUUCUAACGAAUCUUUUUGGCCUGCCACACCCGAGGGAAACGGAUACAAAACUCGCUUUGUUCUUCACCUCGUUGUGACUCCAACCCACACCCUCCCGUGUUGUCCCUGUCUGUCCUCCCACAUCCCUCUCUCACAUGGCCCGUGCAUUCGAGCACAAGAAGUCUACCUCCCUCAAGGGAAAGCUUCGUGAUAUCUUUGUCACAAAGUCUAAGCCUCCCGAGACUCCUGUUGUCACUCCUCCUGUUAUUUCUCGACCUACUCGUAUUAUACCUAAGAAGAAACGUGGUUUCACCGACGUGUCUCAGGACGAAAACGGCGCAAAAUUCUCAAAUGGCUCUCGUUCUUACACUCGUCAACCAAAUGAUUCGACAUCAUCCAUAGCUACAAUCCGACCUAAGACCCUCAAACGUCAAGGUAGUAAUGAUACUAUCAAAGCUUCUCCUCCGUCAAAGGCGUCCAAGUCGAAAUCAAGGAAGGGUAUCCUCUCUCGCUCGACUUCACACAAUCAAUCGCCCUUCAAUACGACUGACCACGCAAAGUACGUGAUCUCAUCCCCGACUCCCGCCAAGAAGGUGUCUUUCCAGAGCAACGCGCUCGACAAACGGCCAGGAUCCCCCAUCCCCAGGCCGCCUGCUUCGAAGAAGCGCGCUCUGACAAGAACGAAUGAUUCGGUUUUUUCUUCUGCGAGUUCCAAUAGCGACAACUGGGUCGAUGACGACGACGACGACUUUUUCUUCGAUACUAAGGUUACGGUCUUGGAAAUUGGCCAUUCUCCGCCCGGAUCACCACCUGACAAGGCUGUGUCGAGUCUUCCUCCUGCUGAAGAUAAGGGGAGGGACCACAAACGUUCUCAGGUUGCCUCCCUGCCCUCCUCAGACCCUGACCCUUUCGAUGACCAAGACGAGGAUCUGUCUUCUGUCGCCAAGGUUAUGAAGCUCGGUGAUGACUGCAGACGCAAGUCUAUGUCUUCAUCCAAACGCUCGCCUGUUUUCACUGCCGAACCGACUGAGUCCACUCUCGGGAAACGACUUUUCAGAAGGACAAGUUCGUUUGUCACGGCAUCCCCCACCAAGGACGCACUUGACGAUGAGUUUGAGGACCAGUUUCCAGACCCUAAGAUCACGGUUAUCGACGGAUCGAACGCUAAGGAAUUUGAAGGCGCCGAUAUGCCAAUGGUAGGCGACAUUGUUCGCGUUUACGACAUGCCAGCUCCGUCGAACCAGGCAAACUCGAAGACAUCUCUGAGGGUCCUCUCCAGGAUGCCUUCGGCUCAUAAUAUCAGGAAACUGACAGAACGAUUCAAUGUUACUAUUGUCCCCUGCCAGAAGGAAAAGGCUGUCUGGGAUCUCGGAGACGAUGAUCUCGCCGUCUGGCCUGCUCUUCUUUGCAUCACGGAUAAGGAGUUCAAGGCUACCGGGUUCGAACUGCGUGUCCCUGUCAAGAACAUCGAUAUCGAGUUCAGAAGCGUCGACAAGAAAGUCAAAGUCCAGCGUGUCAAUGGCGUCGUGACUACAGCGGAGGAUCCCACUGGCCGUCCCCCUGCGGGGUUCACGGUUAAUUACGCAGGUCACAGUGCACCCAAAAAUCGCCUCCCCACCGAAAUAAGCGAAAGACGUGGGAUUUGCAUUGAAAGCGUCUGGCGCACUGGACCAUUCCCUGCCUAUUCCUCUGAGCUCGAAGCUGCUGUUCCGGCUGGAACGUCUUACGUCUUGAAGUUCCACGUUCCCGUUCCUGUUCGACUUUUCAAGAAUGGUUCUGAGAGUCGGUUCUUCAAGGUCAAGUCAAAGGUCACGAUGGGUGAUUGGGAUAUGCCUUCUGUUCCUGCUUACUCUGGUGUACAGGAGGUCUUGAUUGAGCAUCUGACGAAGGAGAAACAUAUGGAUGGGAAGAAGCCUUUCUCUGUUGCUCGACCUAAUGCGAGGCCUACGUUCAUCCGAUGAACUUUGCUAUUUCUUGCUCGGGCUUGUUGUGGUCUUUUUCUGCCCUCUGCCCUCUAUGUUCUUUAUCUCGUUCUCUUGGCUAAUAAACACACUGUAUACCACCACUCGCGGCCGCACUAUGUUCACCUUGAUUUCAUCGAUGCAAACUUCAAUCGCAAUCCUUACGUUGAAGCUAAGGUCUGGCAGUACGUACUGCCUCUGAUACUUCUAGAAUCUAGACCCUGUAUCACUGGAAGCCUUCGGAGAUGACUCCUCACGCGAGUCCUUGUUACUGCUCACUUUGAACCACCGGUUCAAUACAUUAGAAAGUGCCUUGAAGUACACUCUCAGCGUUCAGACAUGCAUUUUAACUCUUCAUAGGGUCCAUCAGACUGCUGGUGCCACGUAAUAUCAUCCCCAAGGAAGAUACUAAAGACUCCGGGAAGUUCUUUAUAGAAGGCCUCAAGCUCAAAUCCGAGGGCCUUGAAUUCGUC